AUGAUCUCGACGGAAGCCAAGGAGAGAAUCAAGGGAUGGUCGGUAGAGAAGCGUCUGAUUGGCCUCAUCUGCGUCGUUCUCGCCUUGAUUCGCGUCCAGAAGGCUUCGAUGAGUGCCGAGCUGGGGGCAAUGAACAAGAGGACUCUCGAGCCGGAACGGGCCGUCGAGAUUCUGACGGAGAUCAAGUUGAACCCGUCCCGUGAAAGCCGUUUGAGAGCAGCCUUCGACCUCCUCGACAACCAGAGAAACGGCAUGCUGGGGAAGGAGGACAUCCGUCUGUCAGUUGCAGCGCUGUUCGGAGGCCAGCUCAACGUCGAGGAGGAGGAGCUUGUCACGUACUCGCACUCCCUCUGGAACAUGUUUGAUGUCCUCAACACGGGAGUGGUUGGUUUCGAGGAUUUUUGCAUCGCAUUCGAGACCUAUGGUGCUUCCUGUGACGAGCCGUUGGAUCAGCAAGCGCAGGAUGGUGAACUUUCCUUGCUGUUCAAGGUGCUGGACACAAAGUGCUGCGGAGCGAUUGAUCACGUGGAUCUACAGCUUACGUUGGCAAGGAUAGGGUAUGAAGCAAGUGGUGAAGAGUGCCGCAACAUGAUCUCGAUCAUGUCCAAAGUUUCGAAUAGAAGGCAUUCGGAUCAUUUGACCGUUGAGAUGCUCCGCGAGUUCACAGACAACUAUGAAAUCAUCGUCAAUUCAUCUACACGGCAUCAACAAGACAGAGAUUCGCUAUUAAGCUAA